AUGAUGAGGGAAAUGAUGCAGAAGUUCUCAUAUGGGCGAUCAGCCUACGCCACCGAGCAUUUGGAUCUAGUAUCAAGAACCACUGAGAAAUCGCCAAAGCCUCGAGACUUCAUCAUCCCUUCCCUGCCUGCAUUCAAUGGAAAGGGAGAUCCGCUAAACCAUUUAUUCCAAUUUCAACAGAAGAUGGCAUUAGAAGCUAAUAACGAAGCUAUUCAGUGCAAAGUCUUUUCAAUGACUUUCUCCGGGCCAGCUCUGUUAUGGUUCCGACAAUUAAAACCCGGGUCGCUCAACAGUUUUAGUGAUCUCCGACGGACCUUUUUACAGCAAUACAGUGCGAACCGAGAGGCACCCAGAACAAUGGUUGAUCUCUAUCGGAUUAAACAGAGGGAGAAUGAACAUCCGAAAGCAUACUUACAGCGUUUCAUUGACCUCGUGCAUCAAAUCCACGAUGUCGAUCCAAUCACCGCAACAAAUCUCUUCGUUAAAAUCUUGCAGGUGGGAUCUCUUUUACAUGAGAAUCUCACCAUGACGCCACCAUACGACAUGGCAAACGUGCAGACCCGAGCUGAGGGCGUCUUCAGGGUCUUGGAAUUUCGAGAACAUGCACAGAAGAAGUCUGCACUCAUCUCUGCUCCACCAACAAAUAAACCUCCGCCACCUGCUAAGGAUGACAAGAGGAAGCGGAACCAAACAGAUCACACGAAGGAAGGAAAAAGACCAAGACAGGAUCGACAGUCAUCACGAUACCCGUCCUUCGAAUACACUGUCCCGCAAGAAGUCAUUUAUGAAGAAAACAAAGACAGACCUAUCUGGCGAGAACCCUACAAAAUUACCACUCCUUCUGACAGAAGGGACAAAAGCAUAUACUGUCUCUUCCACAAAGAUCACGGUCAUACGAUCGCUGAAUGCCACAACUUGAACAAUCAGAUCCAAGCCUUCAUGAGGAGUGGGAGGCUUACCCAAUACAUCAAGGAGACGGGCAGACCCGGCACCUCGCGGCAUAAUCCCGCUUCUGCCCUCACUCCAUAA